GCGGGGCAGGAAGGGGGGAACUCUGUGGUCAGGGAGCCGCUGAGCACAGCUGCGCACUGCCAGAGCGUCCGAUCGCAGGCUCGCGGCCCUUCGGCCCCCGCCCAAGAUGGUCCCCGCAGUGGUCUUGCUCCUGCUCCUCCUGGUUGAACAAGCAGCCGCCCUGGGAGAGCCUCAGCUCUGCUAUAUCCUGGAUGCCAUCCUGUUUUUGUACGGUAUUGUCCUCACCCUUCUCUACUGCCGACUUAAGAUCCAGGUGCGGAAGGCAGCCGCAGCCAGCCACGAGAAAUCAGACGGCAUUUACACGGGCCUGAGCACCCGGAACCAGGAGAUGUACGAGACCCUGAAGCAUGAGAAACCAUCCCAGUAACUUUAGAGUAGAUGUCCCUGGCCACGUCCUUACCCUCCUCGUUCUCUUCCUAACCCCCAUGGUUGACGUGACAUACGUCCCCCGUUAGUGCCCGCCGACCUUACCUCUGAAAUGAUGCUACGUCCCCCAUUACUGAACACUGGUGGGUCUUCCCACCAGACUUCUGCUCAGAUGCUAAUCAUUAACGUGUAUAUUCUCAUCUCACUGCCCUUCCCCACCCCUCUCUUUCCUGUCUCCCACUCCCACUCAACAGUGGAAAGAGAGUAUCACCAAUAAAGCCGUCAGAACUUGGA